GAGGCGAGGAGUCCAGGGUCUCACCGCCCACGCAGCCAAUGAGAAGCCUGUGGGUGGAGCCUGGCCAGCUCUAGCUGCUGAGGGACUCGCCCCCGGGUGGAUGCGGUGGAGUUUGAGCUUUGCUGCAUCCGUCACUGAAGAACAAAAUAAGAGUAAAAAGGAGACAAGCUGCAGAGCAUGAGAGGCUGUGGGGUUUUCUGAAACGUUUGCUGGGCUUUCCGCAUGAGAUUUUAAGACGAAUUCUUUUAAAAGAAACCCAUUUGUGUAGCUGGAAAAAUGAUACACAUGCUAAAUGCAGCAGCCUAUCGGGUGAAAUGGACCAGAUCCGGUGCUGCUAAAAGGGCUGCCUGCCUGGUGGCUGCGGCAUAUGCUCUGAAAACCCUCUAUCCCAUCAUUGGCAAGCGUUUAAAGCAGCCUGGCCACAGGAAGGCGAAAGCAGAAGAUUAUCCGCCUGCAGAGAACAGAGAAAUACUGCAUUGCACAGAGAUCAUCUGUAAAAAACCUGCGCCGGGACUAAAUGCAGAUUUUUUCAAACAGCUACUAGAACUUCGGAAAAUCCUCUUUCCAAAACUUGUGACCACUGAAACUGGGUGGCUCUGCCUCCACUCGGUGGCUCUAAUCUCAAGAACAUUUCUGUCUAUCUAUGUGGCUGGGCUGGAUGGAAAAAUCGUGAAAAGCAUCGUGGAAAAGAAGCCUCGGACUUUCAUCAUCAAAUUAAUCAAGUGGCUUAUGAUUGCUAUCCCUGCUACCUUUGUCAACAGCGCUAUCAGGUACCUGGAGUGCAAACUGGCAUUGGCCUUUCGAACUCGCUUAGUAGACCAUGCCUAUGAAACCUAUUUUGCAAAUCAGACUUAUUAUAAGGUGAUAAAUAUGGAUGGGAGGCUGGCAAACCCUGACCAGUCUCUUACCGAAGACAUUAUGAUGUUUUCGCAAUCUGUGGCUCACCUGUAUUCCAACCUUACCAAACCUAUUUUGGAUGUAAUUCUAACCUCCUAUACUCUCAUCCGGACAGCUACAUCCAGAGGAGCAAGCCCCAUAGGGCCCACCCUGUUAGCAGGACUUGUGGUGUAUGCCACUGCUAAAGUACUAAAAGCUUGCUCGCCCAAAUUUGGUACGCUGGUGGCUGAAGAGGCCCAUAGGAAAGGCUACUUGCGGUAUGUCCACUCCAGAAUCAUAGCCAAUGUGGAAGAAAUUGCCUUCUACAGAGGACAUAAGGUAGAAAUGAAGCAACUGCAGAAAUGUUACAAGGCUUUAGCUUACCAGAUGAACCUGAUUUUAUCCAAACGUUUAUGGUACAUCAUGAUAGAACAAUUCUUGAUGAAGUAUGUGUGGAGCAGCUGUGGACUAAUUAUGGUGGCUAUACCUAUUAUCACUGCAACGGGCUUUGCCGAUGGUGACCUGGAGGACGGGCCAAAGCAGGCUAUGGUUAGCGAUCGGACAGAGGCCUUUACCACUGCCCGGAACUUACUGGCCUCUGGAGCUGAUGCAAUUGAAAGGAUUAUGUCUUCAUACAAAGAGAUCACUGAACUAGCGGGUUAUACUGCUAGAGUAUACAAUAUGUUCUGGGUCUUCGAUGAAGUGAAGAGAGGCAUUUAUAAGAGAACUGUCACUCAGGAGCCUGAAACCCAUAGCGAGAGUGGAGGUAACUCGGAGCUACUCCUCAGCGACACCCUGGCCAUCAAAGGAACAGUUAUUGAUGUGGAUCAUGGAAUCAUUUGUGAAAAUGUUCCCAUAAUUACACCAGCGGGAGAAGUGGUGGCUUCCAGGCUAAACUUCAAAGUAGAAGAAGGGAUGCAUCUUUUGAUAACUGGUCCCAAUGGUUGUGGGAAAAGCUCUCUCUUCAGAAUCUUAAGUGGGCUGUGGCCUGUGUAUGAAGGAGUCCUUUAUAAACCACCUCCCCAACAUAUGUUCUAUAUUCCACAGAGGCCAUACAUGUCUCUUGGAAGUCUUCGGGAUCAAGUCAUUUAUCCUGACUCAGUGGAUGACAUGCAUGAGAAAGGUUAUACAGACCAAGACCUAGAACGUAUUCUGCACAGCGUGCACCUCUACCACAUAGUUCAAAGAGAAGGAGGAUGGGAUGCCGUCAUGGACUGGAAAGAUGUCCUUUCAGGAGGGGAGAAGCAGAGAAUGGGGAUGGCACGGAUGUUUUACCAUAAACCGAAGUAUGCGUUGCUGGACGAGUGUACCAGUGCCGUGAGCAUCGAUGUUGAAGGGAAGAUAUUUCAGGCCGCUAUUGGGGCCGGGAUUUCCCUACUGUCCAUAACACACAGGCCUUCUUUGUGGAAAUAUCACACUCAUCUACUACAGUUUGACGGUGAAGGGGGCUGGCGCUUUGAACAGUUGGACACUGCUAUCCGUCUAACGUUAAGUGAGGAAAAACAGAAGUUAGAAUCGCAGCUCGCUGGAAUUCCCAAAAUGCAGCAGAGACUCAAUGAACUGUGCAAAAUUUUGGGGGAAGACUCGGUGCUGAAAACAAUCCAAACUGCAGAGAAGACAUCUUAACUUACCUUGACAUGCUUUCAGUUAACUUCUAGGUGAAGCCUCAGAGACUCUCUCCUUACUGCAUGCAGGAUGUUAAGCUAAGUGCAGAGAAAGCAAGCCAGAAAAAAAGUAUUUUGUAUGAUUUUAGCAUCGAGGAAAUAUAUGACUACUUUUCAGACGGGAAAAGAAAAAAAAGCAAUGAGUUAGUUGAGGUUAGUCAUGACUCUAGUUAGUGCCCAGUGAAAGGCUCACUCACCCUGUAAAGCAGGACUUUUGGGGACUAGGAGAACGUGUGUGGCCUGAGGUUCUUCGUGUGGGAGAAUGCCCCAGAACAAAGCAGCAAAGGCACUACGAGGGCGGAUGUCAGCUGCGCAGAUUUAGAACUUUGAGGGCUCUUUCAACACAGUUAAUAUGGACAAUAAGUAAAAGACCUGGAAUCCAUAAUCAGCAUUGCUAGGGGCCAACUCAAACUGUGUACAAAAUAACAGGCGGUGUGAUACAUAAUUUCAGUCUGAAAAAGGUCUAUUUUAAUGACAGUGGUUGAAAACAAGCAUGACUGGACAAGCACAAAGAACUGUAUCUAAAUUUUUCAUACUUUGAGCAUCUUGAUAGAGAUACCAAAAAUUAACAUUAAUAAAAAGUGUAUUUGCUUAAAAACAAACCCUUUUUAUUUUUUAAAAAAAGAAUUGUCCAUGCAGAAGAGGAGGAUCCUAACAAUGCUUGUUCUGGCUGCUGCUUGACUCUGCAGUGCUAUGUAGUACAGUUCCUACCCAGAAAUAUUGCUUGUUUGGUGCCCACAAAAAGCAUUUUAGAAACUUGAUUGCUGUCCUAAAUUUCCUUGAUCCUUGAAAUCACAAUUAUGUUCCUACAUUCAUUUUAUCUUACUCUAUCUUUGAAGCAAUCUUUUAAGGCAUACAAGUUUUUGUUCCUUUUUCUUCUGAGAAAACAGACACUCAGGUUUACUUUAAUCACAUGAUUUAUUUUGGAAGAGCUAUAGAGAUCAAUGAUGGUCUUGUGACCCCCCUGAUUCAGUGCUGUCAUCACUACUGGCCCUUAAAUUUAACUGAGAUAUAACGUCAAUUUUAAAAUGACCAGGUAAAUGGUCAGAAAUGGAAUUGUGGGCAAAGCAGAGCAUAAGAGAAAAAUUUAAGUAGAUGAAUAAGUAUUUUUCAGGCCUGAAGAAAUGACAGUUGCUUCUCUUGUAGGGGUCAUAAAUUUCAUUGCCAGUAUCACAUGGUGGCUCAAAACUGUGUCUAAUUCCAGCUCUGGGGGAUCUGACACCCUCUGUGGAACUCUAGGGACCCUGCAUGCAUGUAGUCCUCAUGCAGACAAAACACUCAUAGCAUUAAAAAUAAAUAAAUCUGAAAGAUAGUAAGGAUAUUGAAAAUUGGCAAUGUUGAUGUUAUUACCACUUCAUUACUGUUUUUAUGAAGUGGAAAUUGAGUCAGAAAUGCAAUGGUCAUAGAUCUUUCACUUAAAAUCAAUCAAGAACAUCAACACACCUCCACUGUGUACAUCCUCCUGAUGCUGGAGUGUCUGCAGCAUCGGCACUCAGAAGGGCAGCACAUUGUACUAAGCCUCAUACUGCUGAAGAUGAUGAGAGACGAUCUAUGUAAGCAUGUCCUAUGAAAUAGAGCACAUCUGGAGAACAGAGCCUCACCCUCUCUCAGAUAUGGUGAGGUGUGCAAAAACCUGACAUGAACAGUUUUAGGGGCAUAAGAUUUUGUUUAUGUAUUAAGACAGCACUUUAGCAGAUGCUGACUUGCAAUAAUAGACUGUUUGGAAGACAGACUACCUGGAAGUGUCACAAUGAUUGUUGUAAGAAAUUACCACAUUUCCACAUUUUCAAGUCCACAAAAUCUAUGUAAUUUGAAUUACCAAUAAAUAUAACCUCCUUACAUGAAGCAAUACAAUAUGAGGUCAUAAUCAGUACUUUUUUUUGUUUGUCUGUUAUUACUACUUCUUACUGAAAAGUGGAAGAAUAAUUAAAUAUUUUGUUUAGCAAAAGUUUAGAACCAGAAAUUGACACUUGAUUUUUUUUAAAAAAACAAUUCACUAAUCUUUAACAACCAUGUUAGCAGGUACCCGGGUUAUAUUGCUAAAGGGGAAACAUCUGAAGCAUAUCUGUCUUAUCUGAAAGGCACAAGAGGAAAAUUAAAAGUUCACAUUUGAAAUUAUGCUUUUUCAUAACUUAAAAUUAAACCUGAUAUCUUAAAUUUUUAAGCUUUGCAAAGGAUGCCAACAUCAAUACUAGAUUUGUAAUUAGACCUUAUGUAAUAGAUGUUACCAACGAGCUGAAGCGAAAUAAAUAGGACUCAUUAUACAGUGGACAGGGUUCAAUGAUAUUUGAAAUUCUAUACUUAAACUCUAGUCAUGAAAUUUAAAUGUUAAAGGUUUCAGGACAAACUCUCUGUUUUCCAGUAGCCUUUUGGUAACUACUGAUUUUCUGAAUUGCUUUUUCUGAGACCAAAUACCCUGUCUUUGAGGGAGAUUCUGAUGUGAAUUUGUGUUGUGUGUAAUCCAUCUCUUUCCAAAGUGGUCCCACAGGAGACCAGUCCUGAUUUUCUGAUAGACAUACUUGUGAAAACAUAAAGACCACUGAGACCUCUUCUUGGACAAGGACAAAGAAUAAUAAAGAAAAUGAAGUAUAACUUCAGAUGUCAAACUACUUAUUUUUUUCCUCAGAAAAGGCAUAAACUUAUGGAACUUGAUUAUUUUGGGGGGAUAAUUCACAACGUGCAUUGUGACAUCCUAUUUCUGCACCAUGCUAUGGUAUGCCAAGCAUGAGUCUGAUGCUGUGUUCACUCUUAGAGACAAGAUAAUUGCUAAAAUCCUCUUGAAUCACAAGGUUGAUGAUCUUACUUGAAAACCAACCCAGUUUACCCUAUGUUUACACAGGAAGGGUUUACCUUCGAUAGUAAAUUGACUUUUGUCCCAAAUUUUGGUGUGUCAAUAAAGGUAUAAACAAA